CACGGAUGGCUCUGUCAGAGGUGCAUAAUCUGGCCGCGAUAAUCGGCAGCAAUGCCUUCGCCGUUGGCAAGGUGAGGGGACGUUUCUCUCUCUUUCUCUCUCUUAUCUCGACGCUCUCGCGCCUUCGACGCCGAGCCGCAAGGUCGGGGCAGCUUUCUCUCUCGCGAAUUCGAUGAAAUUAAUUGGUGGAAAUGCGUGUGUACGGUUCACUCUGUCUAGCUGCACCGCGCGUUACACUCUCUGCACCCGAAAUGACAUAAGCAUGUAUACUCGGGCGUCGCGCGGAGGGAAAAGGAUGGAAGAGGUGGUGGAUGGUGACAGAAGGAGGGGGAGGAGGAAUCGCGGCUAGAAAGAACGGAACCGUCGCGCCGUACGUCCGACAAGGAGGGCGGAAAGGUGCGAUCCGCGUUUGUUUGCGGCCACCGUUUACCGUAAAAAACCGGGGGGAGGAGAGAAAAGCAGAGAAAACGCCCAGUAACGAGACCGAGCGUGGUGCCAAUAUGCUGGAAGUACCGCGGAAGAUUUACUCUAGGGACGUGCACGGCGUGGAGUACAAUCAUUGGAGCUAUGACUUAACGGGUUGCGGCACAAAGAGAAACAUGAAUAUCGAAGACGAGGACAGUCAGGACUUGAACAAUCCCAUGGUCAACGACUUGGUGUCGAAGAUUCUCGACGAGGAUUCCAUUACCAUUGACACCUGUCACAACAGUUACGGCGGCGCGGGUGCUCACUACCAGACCACCGCGGACUACGCCAAUUCCUGCUCGAACCAAGUCGCGGACGGUUUGAACGCCUACCUGACCGACGUCGACCAUCUGGUCGCGCGUUAUCCGCUGGCCAGCAAGUUACACAACAUUUACAACAACGCCAGGAGCGAGUAUCAUCAUCAUUCCAACAAUCUCUGCAACGACCUGAAGACGCUGAAUCUCAACGCCUGCGCGCGACAGUCCGUGGAACAGGGCAAUGCGUGCGGCAGCGACAUCGCGCCGCCGGGCGCGUACCCGUCCGACCCGCGAUCGCACGUCGUGCACUCGAACGACGGCUGCAUGUACACGAGCGGGGGCGGCGGCGUCGGCGGCGGCAUGUGCAACGAUCUGCUGACGACCACGAGCGGCGGCGGGAGUUACGGUUGCAACAAGCAGUCCGGCAACUGGACGGAGCCCCUGUUGGCCCCGUCGAUGGGAUGCCGUGCCGCCGAGCUGACUACCGGCAACUACUCGCGGAUCUCGAGCUGCGCCAAGCCGGAUCUCAAUUUCAACGUCACCGCGCUGACCCUGGCGCUGGACUCGCCGAACUCCGUUCCCAUCAGCGAGCUCGAGUAUCACAACAGCAUGCGGCAGCAGAGCGCGUCGUCCAACUCGUACGGCAACGCCGGCAUGAUGGGCAUGCACGAUAUGUACGGCGUCGCCGGCGGUAAUCCCGCCGGCCAGGGCGGCCCCGGUUACAGGCCCAACUCGGCGAUGACCGAUCUCAGCGCCGACUCCGGCUUCCUGUCGAACUCGCCGCUGCAGCACUUCUCGCCGGCCGACACGGCGCUGCAUCACACCUGCGGCUUCGGGGGCGGCAUGCAGCGCAACGGCAUCGGCACCGACUUCAAAGACGUUCACGACACCGCCAGACUGAACAUGACGGGUAUCGGCAUGCCCAGCGAGCAGAUUCAAUUCCUGCAGUCGCAGGCUCGUAGCUACAAACUGGAUCAAGCUGUGGACCAAGAUUACAAAAACCUAAUCGAUUAUUAUCCCCCCGGUACAAACAACUUCGUCACGUCCUCGGCGAGCAACUUGGACACGAACGAGAACGUCUGUUUCCCCAGUGACUGUAGAAUCGAUAAUAGCCUGUUAAAGAUGAUUAACCCGAAAUCAAAGUCCAUCGAGACCAAGACGUACUCACCAAUAGGCUUUCCGAAGAACCUGAGCUCGCGCAACCUGUACCAGCCUAUCGCCAAGUACGGCUGUCACAAUUAUCAACAGUACACUGCCAACAGCGGCGACACUAUCAAGAUACUGCAGCAAAAUUCUGCAUUUUAUCACAACGACUUGAAACAGCCUAAGGUCAACGCGUACAAACUGACGGACGGAUUCGACAUGACGAAGGAGAUCGCGUUCCCGUCGGGGAGUGCCCACCUGGCCGACCGUAUCGCGGGUUCCACCCUGGACAAGGAUGCCUUCAGUCACAUUCUGAAACAACGACACCAUCUAUCGAAGAUACAGAGCAUUCCAGCCGGGAUUCCGCCUCCCGAUAUCAUCUUCAACUCGGGCAUGAUAUCGGGCGCGAAUACCGUGAGAUCGGGCGCGUUCCCGUCGGUGAUGCCGGUCCCCGUACCCGUGCCGGUUCAUCCCGUCCCACGACUGUUCUCCGCCCUCUACGGGGGAAACUUGAGCUUCAGGAACGGCAGCGGCGCGGCCAGAAAGACCGGCCCCUCGAGCAUACUGCAUUUCAAUCUGGAACAAACGUACGAGCAAUUCAAGCAGCUGGAGAAGGAGCGCAAGAAGUGCGAGGCUGGAUUGGCCGCGCAUUUCCCGGGGAAACGGGUGACCAGCGCGAAUAACAUACCUAUCCCGCGCCUUCAGGGAAAUCCGUCGAGGGUGGAUCGCUUGAUAAUCGACUACUUGAGGGAACACGCUCGUGUCAUUACAUUGAUAGCAAAGAUGGAACGUUUACGCGGGACCACGAUGAAUCAACGCGUGCAUAAAGCCAUGGAAUAUUGGCUGGAAGCUAUCAAAUAUGUUCAGGAGUGUCGCAAGCAAGAGAUCGCGAAUGCUAUCAAACGUCAGAAGGAGAAUCCACACUGCAUUUUAGCAUAUGACGACAAUGAUAUCCUGACUUUGGCUGGAAGCGUCCACGAAUUGACGAAGGCGUCGCGGUACGCGCGGACCGGUAUGUAUAACGCGCUUCAGGCCACAUUACUUUAUAACUUGGACAUAGAGAAGAAAGUCAUCGAGAGUUCUCGGGAUCCGGUCUUAGAGGCAAAAGUCCACGGCGAGAGCCAAACGAAAGACGGAACCAACGAUUACGCAAGCAAUACCUAGCAAACUUGCGCUGAAUCCACUUGGUAUCGCUCAUCUUAAAAAAAAAAGUACUAUAAAUAACGAGAGAGUCCAGCAGCUUUUUACUUACGUACUACGUAUUACGUUUUUGAAAAGCUUUUGCUGGUGUUUACGAUUAAUUUUACUGUUGUAACAAAAUGCCGCCCAUUAUAAAUUCAAAACUCUUUCACUCGCGAGUCACACACGAGGUAAAAAUACACAAACACACACACACACACACACACAUACAGAGAGACACGGACACACACGAAUGAACUUAAGUGCGUAAAAAACGGACACAUUUGGAAACGCGUGCGACUUUUUACAGGUUAUUAAUAACUCCAUAGUUUUCUACCGUACGUAUUUUAAUGCUUAAACGACAGUGUGUAAUCGACUUAGCUUUUCGAUGAACACCGAUUUAGAUACGAGAGAGUUUUUCGCUGAACUGCCUAUCCUUUAUCGGUUUAUCUCUGUCGCGUGUCAAACAGAACAAAACAAAAAAAAAGAAAAGUAUGCAUAUAUCGCUUUUUCCUCGACGCCAAAUGGAAAUAAACCGAGAGCAGUGUCGAUCGUGUUUGAACCGGUGAGCAGCCGCGCUAGCUUUGAAGAAAAAAAAAAGAAAAAAAAAUCGUUGACGACUCGUAACUCGCAACACAAGAACGAGAUUGCUCAGAUGUACUACAUCCUUUUAGAGAUACGAAUAGAGAGAGGUCGUUCUUUGUACAAUUAUAACUCCGUUUAUAUAUACGUAUCCUUAAACAUGGGAUAUUAGAUAGGCAGAGAACGCCGAUGUACUCGUUCAAAAAAAUGUUCGGCAGUAACUCGUUAGAUUAGCUCAAUGUGGCCUUCCUUGAAUGUGUGACCCGUAAUGUGGUAGUAGAUGUUCCAGGAUUUGAAUAUUUCGGCGAAGUGUAAGUGUGCGAUGAUUUAAAAUCGCAUGCGACACGAGCUUGUGUAUACACAUAUACAUACACAUAUGUAGCUUUUAUACGUACCGCAUACGUACAGGAGCUUCGAUAUGUACAUAUAUAUGUGUAUAUUAAAAAUGUUGUUUACUAAUUAGUACUAAUGUCAGACUUUUCACUACUGAUAUCGCUCCGGAUUCUCACUUUAC